UGGUCACGUGACCAGCUAAGAUGGCGCCCUGUGUCGGAGUGGUCCUGGACGUGAUGGUGUGAAGGGAGGAGGUCUGGAUCUGCUGCUCUCUCUCAUCAGCCCUGAAGCGAGAUGGCUCUGAAUGUGUUUGAUCAUGAUGAGUACCGGCCGCCUGUGUGGAAGUCUUACUUGUACCAGCUCCAGCAGGAGGCGCCGCAUCCACGCAGACUCACCUGCACCUGUGAGGUGGAGAACAGACCCAAGUACUACGGCAGAGAGUACCACGGCAUGAUCUCCAGGGAAGACGCCGACCAGCUGCUGAGCCAGGCCGAAGGCAGCUACCUCAUCAGGGAGAGCCAGAGGCAGCCCGGCACCUACACCCUGGCUCUCAGGUUUGGGAACCAGACCAGGAACUUCCGUCUGUACCACGAUGGGAAGCACUUUGUGGGGGAGAAGCGGUUCGAGUCCAUCCACGACCUGGUGACGGACGGCCUCAUCACGCUGUACAUCGAGACCAAGGCAGCGGAGUACAUCGCCAAGAUGACCAUCAACCCCAUCUAUGAACACGUUGGCUACACCACCCUGAACCAGGAGCCCCCCAGCAGCCUGCUGCCCCGGGGGGGCCGGGGCACCGACGGGACGGACGCAGCGCCGGGCCGGGGGGGGACGGAGGACAGGCUCACGUCUCUGGUGAGGAGAGCCACGCUGAGGGAGAGCGACCUCAUGCCCAAGUACGAGAAGGUGCACAACUUCAAGGUGCACACCUUCAGAGGCCCUCACUGGUGUGAGUACUGUGCCAACUUCAUGUGGGGGCUGAUCGCUCAGGGAGUCAAGUGUGCAGACUGCGGCCUGAACGUCCACAAGCAGUGCUCCAAGGUCGUCCCUAACGACUGCCAGCCGGACCUGCGGCACGUGAAGAAGGUGUACAGCUGUGACCUGACCACGCUGGUCAAGGCCCACAACACCAAGAGGCCCAUGGUGGUGGACAUGUGCAUCCAGGAGAUCGAGGCCCGCGGUCUGCAGUCAGAGGGACUCUACAGGAUCUCUGGCUUCAGCGAGCUGAUCGAGGACGUCAAGCUGGCCUUCGACAGAGACGGAGAGAAGGCGGACAUCUCGUCCAGUGUGUAUGAGGACCUGAACAUCAUCACCGGAGCCCUGAAGCUGUACUUCAGAGAGCUGCCCAUCCCCCUCAUCACGUACGACGCCUACCCCCGCUUCAUGGAGGCCGGCAAGAUCGGGGACCCGGAGAAGCGCCUGGAGUCGCUGCACGAGGCCCUGAAGCUCCUCCCCCCGGCCCACUGCGAGACGCUGCGCUACCUCAUGGCUCACCUCAAGAGGGUCACGCGCUGUGAGAAGGAGAACCUCAUGUCGGCGGAGAACCUGGGCAUCGUGUUCGGGCCCACGCUGAUGAGGGCGCCCGACCUGGACGCCAUGACGGCGCUCAACGACAUCCGCUACCAGCGGCUGGUGGUGGAGGCGCUCAUCACCAACGAGGACGUGCUCUUCUGAGGAACCCAGCCGAACCCUGGAGGAGGGGGGUCUGGACCUGCUGCAGCUGCUGCUGUCCUCUGUCUCCAUGGAAACACUGCAGCUGCUGUCCUCUGUCUCCAUGGAAACAGACCCUGUUCUCCCUAGUGGACGGUUCUGGUCUCAUCAUGAACCCUUUCACGCCCCAUCACCUGACCUCCAGGUCACCUGGUCUGACCCCCGGGUCACCUGGUCUGACCUCCGGGUCACCUGGUCUGACCUCCGGGUUACCUGGUCUGACCUCUGGGUCACCUGGUCUGACCUCUGGGUCACCUGGUCUGACCUCCGGGUCACCUGGUCUGACCCCCGGGUCACCUGGUCUGACCUCCGGGUCACCUGGUCUGACCUCCGGGUCACCUGGUCUGACCUCCGGGUCACCUGGUCUGACCUCUGGGUCACCUGGUCUGACCUCCGGGUCACCUGGUCUGACCUCUGGGUCACCUGGUCUGACCUCUGGGUUACCUGAUCUGACCCCCGGGUCACCUGGUCUGACCUCCGGGUCACCUGGUCUGACCCCCGGGUCACCUGGUCUCAGCAGUGUUCUAGAGGAGGUGGGGCCCCCCCACUUGUGUCGGGGGGGUCUGUGGUGGAUAAAGAAGCUGGAGGUCCCGUGAGACCAGGUCCAGCCUUCCUGUUCAGUUGACUAACUAGCUAGCUAGCUAACGUGUACUAACUGGUUGAACUAACCCAGCCUCCUUCUGUUUUUUACUGUCUCUGCUGUAAAGUAUUUUCUAUGUUUAUGCAUGAUGGAUUAAAUU